AAAACCCCCUUCCACCCCCUCUGACACAUUUUUUGAGUCCCAAUCUGAUAGCAUUGUUGAGAAAAGUGAUGUGAUAGUUAGGAAGUUUGAAAAACCCCUAGAGUUGUCAUUAAAAUAUCAGCCCGGUGAAAUAGCUCAAAUCAAAUCGGUAGUAUCGCAUAAAAUGUCAGGUAGCACAGGAGGUGGGAGCGUGAAACCUGUUAACGCGCCGGGUGAUAGCUUAGCUAAUGACGACGACGACGAUUCGUCCAAAAGUGUCGACCGUGGCACUAGUCCAUUAGAGUUCUCGAAUUCUGUUUUUUUGGCUCACGCAGAUAUUUCGCCCCGAAAGCUGGCGAAAAAGGACGGUAGGGAAACCUCACCGACGUUAGAGCUUUUCAUUGAUCAUAAAGAAGUACACGCCAAAGACUCGAAAGCGUCUUCCGAAAGUCGACUUACGUUGUAUGGUGCUAAAGAAGUUAAAGGUAUAGAAAUCUCAAUUCAUUCACAGUCGCACAUCAGUGUGACCACUACAAUGAAGGAUGACAUGUCCAAAGACACAUCAACCAAGGUGAUGAAGUCAGUCUCCCGUUCAAGUCCAAGAAAGGAGGAGCGCAACUUUAUGCUCCAGCUUGACGACACUGGCACCGAGAAAAAGAAGAGCGGUGACACAGUCAUGUUUAGUGGGAAGAAAAGUAUUUACCACUACGACUACAACCUGUCACCAUUUGACAGCCCAACCACUGAGUCAGCUGCCCACGUGACUGACACUGGCAUAAGUAUGACCAGAACUAACACACUUGCAACAGACACUGACACUAUAACAAGCCCGGUUCAGAGGGCCAUAUCUGACACUGCAGUCGACACAGAGGCCGAGCUAACGGAUGCUGGACUUAGUCCGAUUCAGACUGAAGUUGCCUUAGAGACGGAGCUCGAGUUUUAUAAAGACGAGCAACAGGGUCUUAUUUUUUCAGAUAUGGCGUCAAGCCCUGUGUUCGCUACCGGUAUCUCCGUUGCCUUGAGCCCGUUAAAGCUCGAAACGUCUGAGGCUGCCGUUUCAACUGACGUUGUAGAAACCAAAGAUGUCAGCCUGAGCCCACUUGUGAUUCCAGAAAAUGAAAUAGGUGCAAUUUUGACAGACUCAACAGACGUCAAGAAGAAAGCAAAAGAGAGAAUUGCUUCAAUCGAAGAUAUAGUUGAGAUGAGAAGAAGAGGUUCAAGUGAUGUUAAAACACUAGUACGCCAUCUUGAACAAGGAACAUUACCGAAGCCAGUUGAUGAAAGUCCUGAGGAAAAAAUUAUCAAAGUAGUUCAAUUAGAACAAGUUGAAAGUCAAAUAAAAACACCAAAACGGUUAGAAAGUCCAAAGAAAACAAAUGCUGAUAUUGAUGCAAGCAACAAAGUAUCUGUAACUCACACAAAGCAAGUUAAACCUAAGAUAAAGCAGCUACAGCAAAUGUUUACUGAAUCACAAGAACAAUGUCAAAAAGAAAAAUCCAAAACCCAACAAAACACAAGAGAAAUAAUUGAUAUCCAGAGAGUCAUAGAGACUAUCAAUCAAAAAAUUCAAAUCCAAGAGACUGCAGAAUCAGAUGAAGAGGAAACAUAUUCAUCUGAUAUUAAAGAACUCAAAGAAAGUUUACAAAAGGUUCUGAAUACGAUGUCAAAAAGAGACGACCCUGAACAAAAAGAAAGGAUACCAGAAGACAUUGUCAAAUAUACGGACGAAACCUUCACAACGUAUGAGGAUGAAAGGAAACCUGAACAUGAUAUUGAAGUAGAAAAAUCAAAAUAUAUUUCAAAACAAACCAUAACAUUAGACACUCAAAAGCAAAUAGAAUCCCAUAUAAGCAACCAAUACACUGAUGAUGGAAGAGAUAUUAAAAAAACUAUGGUAGAUGCCUCUAAAGAAACUAAAAACCGAUAUUUUACAAUUCAACGAAAUUCUAUUGCAGAGCAAGAAAUUGUUGAUGGCUCAACACAAAAUACUUAUGAGUUAAUAGCACAAAAAAGUAUUAUGAAAGAGACUAAACACGAAAUAAAUACAAAUGAAAGCGAAAAAAUCAAAGAGAGCAAAGAUGAACAAACCAAUUCAAAAACAAUGUUCACGACGCAUAUGCAAAAAUUUGAAUUUUUAGAAAAACAAGCCACCAUAGCGAACGCAAAAGAGGUUAGUGGAAACACAGAGAAGAUAAACGUAGAGAAAAAUGCAGUUCAUAAAAGUACUGAAUAUGAAAAAAAUAAAUCAAUCCUGGAAUUAAAAAAUAGCGUUCAAGAACAAGAUCCACAAGAUGAAAAGGUAUCUUCUAAAAUCAAAGAAGCAUCAGACAUGAAGGGAAAGCCAAUGAAUCCGGAGAUUGAAACGGUAAAAAUUACAGAAACCAAGGAGGAAAUAAACGACAAAGCUAAUGAAGAUCGAGAGUCUGAACCAGAGGUCUCAGUCAUGGUCGUCAAUAAGCAAGAGAGUGUUUUGAAACCAGAAAAAGCACCAAAAGACUUGAAUGAAGAAAUACUUAAAACCACGCCUGAAACAUACAAACACGACGAAGAAAAAGUAAUUUCAGAGAUCAAAUCUGACGAGUCUGCUUCAAUGGAGAUCAAGGAAACCAACACCAAAAUGGCAGAAGAAGUGAAAAACAUGCCAAUUAGUCCGGAGAAAAAAAUGGCAGUCAGCGAGAGUGAAUACGUUUCACUGCAAGACGAAUUAUUAAAAGCAAUUUCUAAAAUCGAAAACAAAUCUCAAACUUUAAAUACAGAAGCUAUGAAAAUAAAAGAGAAAUCUACCACGCCAGAACUAUCAGCCAAUGUUAACAUUGAGCAAGAGACCGUGCAAAUAACACAACAAUUUGCGGGAGACCAGCAAAAAGAUAUACUAGAAAUCAAGAUCCAGACAGAGAAACGGGAAAGGGAAAUUACAGCCAUCUCCGAGAUAAAAUCUGAAGAGUCAACAUCACUGGAUAUCAAAGACACUGUAUCUACACAGGGUAAAGACGAGAAAAAAAUGCAAUUGACUCCAGGGAAAGAAACAGUCCAUCCCGUUACCAUUCAACACGAGAAAAUAGCAAUGGAAGAAAUACAUAAGAAAAAGAUUAAAACAUCUGAAUCAAGUGAUGAUCAAACAUUAUAUCACGUCCAAAACUCAGAGAAAAAAGGAGAUAAACCUCGGAAGGGGAUCGAAACUGCUGAGCCUGCUUUCUUGGAAAUCCAGGAAACUGACACCAAAGAACCAGCACACGUGGAUAGCAAGCAAAUUAGUAAGGAGGAAAAAACAGAAACUCCGAUUGCAGUUCCACACGUUGUUGAAGCGUCAGAGGAACAAAUUGUGGAGCAGAUCACACUUCAAUCUGAGUCAAUUCCAGCUGAUGGAGUCAAAUCAGACGAACUGGUGCAGACUCCAGAAACGAAUACAGAUCAAACUCUCGAGCCAGAAAUUACUCUGCAAGAUUCCGAUUCAAAACCACCAACAAUUACAGAAACCAAAGACGUUCAGGCCGAAAAAUCAGUCUCCACUGACACUGAAAAGGAAACGGAAGCUAUUUCCAUCGCAGAUACGACCGUUCUUGCUCCAGAGACUCCGUCUUUGGAUGACGACGCUGUCAAACAAGCAGAGCAAGCGUCCGAACCAGAACUUUCAGACAAGGCCGACACAGAGCUUGAAACCUUAUCGAAACCAGAACAAGUGCCAGAAAUCCAGGAAGAAGAAGUACUUGAAACUGCGGUCGAGACCGAGACUCAGGACGAAGAAUCGACCGUCUCAGUGAUCAAAACUGACGAGCCUGCUUCCUUGGAAAUCCAGGAAACUGACACCAAAGAACCAGCACACACUCCGUCUUUGGAUGACGACGCUGUCAAACAAGCAGAGCAAGCGUCCGAACCAGAACUGUCAGACAAGGCCGACACAGAGCUUGAAACCUUAUCGACACCAGAACAAGUGCCAGAAAUCCAGGAAGAAGAAGUACUUGAAACUGCGGUCGAGACCGAGACUCAGGACGAAGAAUCGACCGUCUCAGUGAUCAAAACUGACGAGCCUGCUUCCUUGGAAAUCCAGGAAACUGACACCAAAGAACCAGCACACACUCCGUCUAUGGAUGACGACGCUGUCAAACAAGCAGAGCAAGCGUCCGAACCAGAACUGUCAGACAAGGCCGACACAGAGCUUGAAACCUUAUCGAAACCAGAACAAGUGCCAGAAAUCCAGGAAGAAGAAGUACUUGAAACUGCGGUCGAGACCGAGACUCAGGACGAAGUAUCGACCGUCUCAGUGAUCAAAACUGACGAGCCUGCUUCCUUGGAAAUUCUGGAAACUGACACCAAAGAACCAGCACACGUGGAUAGCAAGCCAAUUAGUCCGGAGGAAGAAACGGAAACUCCGAUUGCAGUUCCACACGUUGUUGAAGCGUCAGAGGAACAAAUUGUGGAGAAGAUCACACUUCAAUCUGAGUCAAUUCCAGCUGAUGGAGUCAAAUCAGACGAACUGGUGCAGACUCCAGAAACGCAAACAGAUCAAACUCUCGAGCCAGAAAUUACUCUGCAAGAUUCCGAUUCAAAACCACUAACAAUUACAGAAACCAAAGACGUUCAGGCCGAAAAAUCGGUCUCCACUGACACUGAAAAGGAAACGGAAGCUAUUUCCAUCGCAGAUACGACCACUCCGUCUAUGGAUGACGACGCUGUCAAACAAGCAGAGCAAGCGUCCGAACCAGAACUGUCAGACAAGGCCGACACAGAGCUUGAAACCUUAUCGACACCAGAACAAGUGCCAGAAAUCCAGGAAGAAGAAGUACUUGAAACUGCGGUCGAGACCGAGACUCAGGACGAAGAAUCGACCGUCUCAGUGAUCAAAACUGACGAGCCUGCUUCCUUGGAAAUCCAGGAAACUGACACCAAAGAACCAGCACACGUGGAUAUGAUCAAAACUGACGAGCCUGCUUCCUUGGAAAUUCUGGAAACUGACACCAAAGAACCAGCACACGUGGAUAGCAAGCCAAUUAGUCCGGAAGAAGAAACGGCAACUCCGAUUGCAGUUCCACACGUUGUUGAAGCGUCAGAGGAACAAAUUGUGGAGCAGAUCACAGUUCAAUCUGAGUCAAUUCCAGCUGAUGGAGUCAAAUCAGACGAACUGGAGCAGACUCCAGAAACGCAAACAGAUCAAACUCUCGAGCCAGAAAUUACUCUGCAAGAUUCCGAUUCAAAACCACUAACAAUUACAGAAACCAAAGACGUUCAGGCCGAAAAAUCGGUCUCCACUGACACUGAAAAGGAAACGGAAGCUAUUACCAUCGCAGAUACGACCGAAACUGACACCAAAGAACCAGCACACGUGGAUAGCAAGCCAAUUAGUCCGGAGGAAGAAACGGAAACUCCGAUUGCAGUUCCACACGUUGUUAAAGCGUCAGAGGAACAAAUUGUGGAGCAGAUCACAGUUCAAUCUGAGUCAAUUCCAGCUGAUGGAGUCAAAUCAGACGAACUGGUGGAGACUCCAGAAACGCAAACAGAUCAAACUCUCGAGCCAGAAAUUACUCUGCAAGAUUCCGAUUCAAAACCACUAACAAUUACAGAAACCAAAGACGAAACUGACACCAAAGAACCAGCACACGUGGAUAGCAAGCCAAUUAGUCCGGAGGAAGAAACGGAAACUCCGAUUGCAGUUCCACACGUUGUUGAAGCGUCAGAGGAACAAAUUGUGGAGCAGAUCACAGUUCAAUCUGAGUCAAUUCCAGCUGAUGGAGUCAAAUCAGACGAACUGGUGGAGACUCCAGAAACGCAAACAGAUCAAACUCUCGAGCCAGAAAUUACUCUGCAAGAUUCCGAUUCAAAACCACUAACAAUUACAGAAACCAAAGACACUCCGUCUAUGGAUGACGACGCUGUCAAACAAGCAGAGCAAGCGUCCGAACCAGAACUGUCAGACAAGGCCGACACUGAGUUUGAAACCUUAUCGAAACGAGAACAAGUGCCAGAAAUCCAGGAAGAAGAAGUACUUGAAACUGCGGUCGAGACCGAGACUCAGGACGAAGAAUCAACCGUCUCAGUGAUCAAAAAUGACGAGCCUGCUUCCUUGGAAAUCCAGGAAACUGACACCAAAGAACCAGCACACACUCCGUCUAUGGAUGACGACGCUGUCAAACAAGCAGAGCAAGCGUCCGAACCAGAACUGUCAGACAAGGCCAACACUGAGCUUGAAACCUUAUCGAAACCAGAACAAGUGCCAGAAAUCCAGGAAGAAGAAGUACUUGAAACUGCGGUCGAGACCGAGACUCAGGACGAAGAAUCGACCGUCUCAGUGAUCAAAACUGACGAGCCUGCUUCCUUGGAAAUUCUGGAAACUGACACCAAAGAACCAGCACACGUGGAUAGCAAGCCAAUUAGUCCGGAGGAAGAAACGGAAACUCCGAUUGCAGUUCCACACGUUGUUGAAGCGUCAGAGGAACAAAUUGUGGAGCAGAUCACAGUUCAAUCUGAGUCAAUUCCAGCUGAUGGAGUCAAAUCAGACGAACUAGUGCAGACUCCAGAAACGCAAACAGAUCAAACUCUCGAGCCAGAGAUUACUCUGCAAGAUUCCGAUUCAAAACCACUAACAAUUACAGAAACCAAAGACGUUCAGGCCGAAAAAUCGGUCUCCACUGACACUGAAAAGGAAACGGAAGCUAUUUCCAUCGCAGAUACGACCGAAACUGACACCAAAGAACCAGCACACGUGGAUAGCAAGCCAAUUAGUCCGGAGGAAGAAACGGAAACUCCGAUUGCAGUUCCACACGUUGUUGAAGCGUCAGAGGAACAAAUUGUGGAGCAGAUCACAGUUCAAUCUGAGUCAAUUCCAGCUGAUGGAGUCAAAUCAGACGAACUGGUGGAGACUCCAGAAACGCAAACAGAUCAAACUCUCGAGCCAGAAAUUACUCUGCAAGAUUCCGAUUCAAAACCACUAACAAUUACAGAAACCAAAGACACUCCGUCUAUGGAUGACGACGCUGUCAAACAAGCAGAGCAAGCGUCCGAACCAGAACUGUCAGACAAGGCCGACACUGAGUUUGAAACCUUAUCGAAACGAGAACAAGUGCCAGAAAUCCAGGAAGAAGAAGUACUUGAAACUGCGGUCGAGACCGAGACUCAGGACGAAGAAUCAACCGUCUCAGUGAUCAAAAAUGACGAGCCUGCUUCCUUGGAAAUCCAGGAAACUGACACCAAAGAACCAGCACACACUCCGUCUAUGGAUGACGACGCUGUCAAACAAGCAGAGCAAGCGUCCGAACCAGAACUGUCAGACAAGGCCAACACUGAGCUUGAAACCUUAUCGAAACCAGAACAAGUGCCAGAAAUCCAGGAAGAAGAAGUACUUGAAACUGCGGUCGAGACCGAGACUCAGGACGAAGAAUCGACCGUCUCAGUGAUCAAAACUGACGAGCCUGCUUCCUUGGAAAUUCUGGAAACUGACACCAAAGAACCAGCACACGUGGAUAGCAAGCCAAUUAGUCCGGAGGAAGAAACGGAAACUCCGAUUGCAGUUCCACACGUUGUUGAAGCGUCAGAGGAACAAAUUGUGGAGCAGAUCACAGUUCAAUCUGAGUCAAUUCCAGCUGAUGGAGUCAAAUCAGACGAACUAGUGCAGACUCCAGAAACGCAAACAGAUCAAACUCUCGAGCCAGAGAUUACUCUGCAAGAUUCCGAUUCAAAACCACUAACAAUUACAGAAACCAAAGACGUUCAGGCCGAAAAAUCGGUCUCCACUGACACUGAAAAGGAAACGGAAGCUAUUUCCAUCGCAGAUACGACCACUCCGUCUUUGGAUGACGACGCUGUCAAACAAGCAGAGCAAGCGUCCGAACCAGAACUGUCAGACAAGGCCGACACUGAGCUUGAAACCUUAUCGAAACCAGAACAAGUGCCAGAAAUCCGGGAAGAAGAAGUACUUGAAACUGCGGUCGAGACCGAGACUCAGUACGAAGAAUCGACCGUCUCAGUGAUCAAAACUGACGAGCCUGCUUCCUUGGAAAUCCAGGAAACUGACACCAAAGAACCAGCACACGUGGAUAGCAAGCCAAUAAAUCCGGAGGAAGAAACGGCAACUCCGAUUGCAGUUCCACACGUUGUUGAAGCGUCAGAGGAACAAAUUGUGGAGCAGAUCACACUUCAAUCUGAGUCAAUUCCAGCUGAUGGAGUCAAAUCAGACGAACAGGUGCAGACUCCAGAAACGAAAACAGAUCAAACUCUCGAGCCAGAAAUUACUCUGCAAGAUUCCGAUUCAAAACCACCAACAAUUACAGAAACCAAAGACGUUCAGGCCGAAAAAUCGGUCUCCACUGACACUGAAAAGGAAACGGAAGCUAUUUCCAUCGCAGAUACGACCACUCCGUCUUUGGAUGACGACGCUGUCAAACAAGCAGAGCAAGCGUCCGAACCAGAAAUGUCAGACAAGGCCGACACUGAGCUUGAAACCUUAUCGAAACCAGAACAAGUGCCAGAAAUCCAGGAAGAAGAAGUGCUUGAAACUGCGGUCGAGACCGAGACUCAGGACGAAGAAUCGACCGUCUCAGUGAUCAAAAAUGACGAGCCUGCUUCCUUGGAAAUCCAGGAAACUGACACCAAAGAACCAGCAAACGUGGAUAGCAAGCCAAUUAGUCCGGAGGAAGAAACGGAAACUCCGAUUGCAGUUCCACACGUUGUUGAAGCGUCAGAGGAACAAAUUGUGGAGCAGAUCACAGUUCAAUCUGAGUCAAUUCCAGCUGAUGGAGUCAAAUCAGACGAACUGGAGCAGACUCCAGAAACGCAAACAGAUCAAACUCUCGAGCCAGAAAUUACUCUGCAAGAUUCCGAUUCAAAACCACUAACAAUUACAGAAACCAAAGACACUCCGUCUUUGGAUGACGACGCUGUCAAACAAGCAGAGCAAGCGUCCGAACCAGAAAUGUCAGACAAGGCCGACACUGAGCUUGAAACCUUAUCGAAACCAGAACAAGUGCCAGAAAUCCAGGAAGAAGAAGUGCUUGAAACUGCGGUCGAGACCGAGACUCAGGACGAAGAAUCGACCGUCUCAGUGAUCAAAAAUGACGAGCCUGCUUCCUUGGAAAUCCAGGAAACUGACACCAAAGAACCAGCAAACACUCCGUCUUUGGAUGACGACGCUGUCAAACAAGCAGAGCAAGCGUCCGAACCAGAACUGUCAGACAAGGCCGACACUGAGCUUGAAACCUUAUCGAAACCAGAACAGGUGCCAGAAAUCCAGGAAGAAGAAGUACUUGAAACUGCGGUCGAGACCGAGACUCAGGACGAAGUAUCGACCGUCUCAGUGAUCAAAACUGACGAGCCUGCUUCCUUGGAAAUCCAGGAAACUGACACCAAAGAACCAGCACACGUGGAUAGCAAGCCAAUUAGUCCGGAGGAAGAAACGGAAACUCCGAUUGCAGUUCCACACGUUGUUGAAGCGUCAGAGGAACAAAUUGUGGAGCAGAUCACAGUUCAAUCUUAUUCAAUUCCAGCUGAUGGAGUCAAAUCAGACGAACUGGAGCAGACUCCAGAAACGCAAACAGAUCAAACUUUCGAGCCAGAAAUUACUCUGCAAGAUUCCGAUUCAAAACCACUAACAAUUACAGAAACCAAAGACACUCCGUCUUUGGAUGACGACGCUGUCAAACAAGCAGAGCAAGCGUCCGAACCAGAAAUGUCAGACAAGGCCGACACUGAGCUUGAAACCUUAUCGAAACCAGAACAAGUGCCAGAAAUCCAGGAAGAAGAAGUGCUUGAAACUGCGGUCGAGACCGAGACUCAGGACGAAGAAUCGACCGUCUCAGUGAUCAAAAAUGACGAGCCUGCUUCCUUGGAAAUCCAGGAAACUGACACCAAAGAACCAGCAAACGUGGAUAGCAAGCCAAUUAGUCCGGAGGAAGAAACGGAAACUCCGAUUGCAGUUCCACACGUUGUUGAAGCGUCAGAGGAACAAAUUGUGGAGCAGAUCACAGUUCAAUCUGAGUCAAUUCCAGCUGAUGGAGUCAAAUCAGACGAACUGGAGCAGACUCCAGAAACGCAAACAGAUCAAACUCUCGAGCCAGAAAUUACUCUGCAAGAUUCCGAUUCAAAACCACUAACAAUUACAGAAACCAAAGACACUCCGUCUUUGGAUGACGACGCUGUCAAACAAGCAGAGCAAGCGUCCGAACCAGAAAUGUCAGACAAGGCCGACACUGAGCUUGAAACCUUAUCGAAACCAGAACAAGUGCCAGAAAUCCAGGAAGAAGAAGUGCUUGAAACUGCGGUCGAGACCGAGACUCAGGACGAAGAAUCGACCGUCUCAGUGAUCAAAAAUGACGAGCCUGCUUCCUUGGAAAUCCAGGAAACUGACACCAAAGAACCAGCAAACACUCCGUCUUUGGAUGACGACGCUGUCAAACAAGCAGAGCAAGCGUCCGAACCAGAACUGUCAGACAAGGCCGACACUGAGCUUGAAACCUUAUCGAAACCAGAACAGGUGCCAGAAAUCCAGGAAGAAGAAGUACUUGAAACUGCGGUCGAGACCGAGACUCAGGACGAAGUAUCGACCGUCUCAGUGAUCAAAACUGACGAGCCUGCUUCCUUGGAAAUCCAGGAAACUGACACCAAAGAACCAGCACACGUGGAUAGCAAGCCAAUUAGUCCGGAGGAAGAAACGGAAACUCCGAUUGCAGUUCCACACGUUGUUGAAGCGUCAGAGGAACAAAUUGUGGAGCAGAUCACAGUUCAAUCUGAGUCAAUUCCAGCUGAUGGAGUCAUAUCAGACGAACUGGUGCAGACUCCAGAAACGCAAACAGAUCAAACUCUCGAGCCAGAGAUUACUCUGCAAGAUUCCGAUUCAAAACCACUAACAAUCACAGAAACCAAAGACGUUCAGGCCGAAAAAUCGGUCUCCACUGACACUGAAAAGGAAACGGAAGCUAUUUCCAUCGCAGAUACGACCACUCCGUCUUUGGAUGACGACGCUGUCAAACAAGCAGAGCAAGCGUCCGAACCAGAAAUGUCAGACAAGGCCGACACUGAGCUUGAAACCUUAUCGAAACCAGAACAAGUGCCAGAAAUCCAGGAAGAAGAAGUACUUGAAACUGCGGUCGAGACCGAGACUCAGGACGAAGAAUCGACCGUCUCAGUGAUCAAAAAUGACGAGCCUGCUUCCUUGGAAAUCCAGGAAACUGACACCAAAGAACCAGCAAACACUCCGUCUUUGGAUGACGACGCUGUCAAACAAGCAGAGCAAGCGUCCGAACCAGAAAUGUCAGACAAGGCCGACACUGAGCUUGAAACCUUAUCGAAACCAGAACAAGUGCCAGAAAUCCAGGAAGAAGAAGUGCUUGAAACUGCGGUCGAGACCGAGACUCAGGACGAAGAAUCGACCGUCUCAGUGAUCAAAAAUGACGAGCCUGCUUCCUUGGAAAUCCAGGAAACUGACACCAAAGAACCAGCAAACACUCCGUCUUUGGAUGACGACGCUGUCAAACAAGCAGAGCAAGCGUCCGAACCAGAACUGUCAGACAAGGCCGACACUGAGCUUGAAACCUUAUCGAAACCAGAACAAGUGCUAGAAAUCCAGGAAGAAGAAGUACUUGAAACUGCGGUCGAGACCGAGACUCAGGAGGAAGAAUCGACCGUCUCAGUGAUCAAAACUGACGAGCCUGCUUCCUUGGAAAUCCAGGAAACUGACACCAAAGAACCAGCACACACUCCGUCUUUGGAUGACGACGCUGUCAAACAAGCAGAGCAAGCGUCCGAACCAGAACUGUCAGACAAGGCCGACACUGAGCUUGAAACCUUAUCGAAACCAGAACAAGUGCUAGAAAUCCAGGAAGAAGAAGUACUUGAAACUGCGGUCGAGACCGAGACUCAGGAGGAAGAAUCGACCGUCUCAGUGAUCAAAACUGACGAGCCUGCUUCCUUGGAAAUCCAGGAAACUGACACCAAAGAACCAGCAAACGUGGAUAGCAAGCCAAUUAGUCCGGAGGAAGAAACGGAAACUCCGAUUGCAGUUCCACACGUUGUUGAAGCGUCAGAGGAACAAAUUGUGGAGCAGAUCACAGUUCAAUCUGAGUCAAUUCCAGCUGAUGGAGUUAAAUCAGACGAACUGGUGCAGACUCCAGAAACGCAAACAGAUCAAACUCUCGAGCCAGAAAUUACUCUGCAAGAUUCCGAUUCAAAACCACUAACAAUUACAGAAACCAAAGUCGUAAAGGCCGAAAAAUCGGUCUCCACUGACACUGAAAAGGAAACGGAAGCUAUUUCCAUCGCAGAUACGACCGCCGAAAAAUCGGUCUCCACUGACACUGAAAAGGAAACGGAAGCUAUUUCCAUCGCAGAUACGACCGUUCUAGCUCCAGAGGUUUCUGGAAUCGAACCUCAAGAACCAGAAAUUGUCAAAGAAACGACUCAAUCAAAAUUGACUACUCCGUCUUUGGAUGACGACGCUGUCAAACAAGCAGAGCAAGCGUCCGAACCAGAAAUGUCAGACAAGGCCGACACUGAGCUUGAAACCUUAUCGAAACCAGAACAAGUGCCAGAAAUCCAGGAAGAAGAAGUGCUUGAAACUGCGGUCGAGACCGAGACUCAGGACGAAGAAUCGACCGUCUCAGUGAUCAAAAAUGACGAGCCUGCUUCCUUGGAAAUCCAGGAAACUGACACCAAAGAACCAGCAAACGUGGAUAGCAAGCCAAUUAGUCCGGAGGAAGAAACGGAAACUCCGAUUGCAGUUCCACACGUUGUUGAAGCGUCAGAGGAACAAAUUGUGGAGCAGAUCACAGUUCAAUCUGAGUCAAUUCCAGCUGAUGGAGUCAAAUCAGACGAACUGGAGCAGACUCCAGAAACGCAAACAGAUCAAACUCUCGAGCCAGAAAUUACUCUGCAAGAUUCCGAUUCAAAACCACUAACAAUCACAGAAACCAAAGACACUCCGUCUUUGGAUGACGACGCUGUCAAACAAGCAGAGCAAGCGUCCGAACCAGAACUGUCAGACAAGGCCGACACUGAGCUUGAAACCUUAUCGAAACCAGAACAAGUGCUAGAAAUCCAGGAAGAAGAAGUACUUGAAACUGCGGUCGAGACCGAGACUCAGGAGGAAGAAUCGACCGUCUCAGUGAUCAAAACUGACGAGCCUGCUUCCUUGGAAAUCCAGGAAACUGACACCAAAGAACCAGCAAACACUCCGUCUUUGGAUGACGACGCUGUCAAACAAGCAGAGCAAGCGUCCGAACCAGAACUGUCAGACAAGGCCGACACUGAGCUUGAAACCUUAUCGAAACCAGAACAAGUGCUAGAAAUCCAGGAAGAAGAAGUACUUGAAACUGCGGUCGAGACCGAGACUCAGGAGGAAGAAUCGACCGUCUCAGUGAUCAAAACUGACGAGCCUGCUUCCUUGGAAAUCCAGGAAACUGACACCAAAGAACCAGCACACACUCCGUCUUUGGAUGACGACGCUGUCAAACAAGCAGAGCAAGCGUCCGAACCAGAACUGUCAGACAAGGCCGACACUGAGCUUGAAACCUUAUCGAAACCAGAACAAGUGCUAGAAAUCCAGGAAGAAGAAGUACUUGAAACUGCGGUCGAGACCGAGACUCAGGAGGAAGAAUCGACCGUCUCAGUGAUCAAAACUGACGAGCCUGCUUCCUUGGAAAUCCAGGAAACUGACACCAAAGAACCAGCAAACGUGGAUAGCAAGCCAAUUAGUCCGGAGGAAGAAACGGAAACUCCGAUUGCAGUUCCACACGUUGUUGAAGCGUCAGAGGAACAAAUUGUGGAGCAGAUCACAGUUCAAUCUGAGUCAAUUCCAGCUGAUGGAGUUAAAUCAGACGAACUGGUGCAGACUCCAGAAACGCAAACAGAUCAAACUCUCGAGCCAGAAAUUACUCUGCAAGAUUCCGAUUCAAAACCACUAACAAUUACAGAAACCAAAGUCGUAAAGGCCGAAAAAUCGGUCUCCACUGACACUGAAAAGGAAACGGAAGCUAUUUCCAUCGCAGAUACGACCGCCGAAAAAUCGGUCUCCACUGACACUGAAAAGGAAACGGAAGCUAUUUCCAUCGCAGAUACGACCGUUCUAGCUCCAGAGGUUUCUGGAAUCGAACCUCAAGAACCAGAAAUUGUCAAAGAAACGACUCAAUCAAAAUUGACUACUCCGUCUUUGGAUGACGACGCUGUCAAACAAGCAGAGCAAGCGUCCGAACCAGAAAUGUCAGACAAGGCCGACACUGAGCUUGAAACCUUAUCGAAACCAGAACAAGUGCCAGAAAUCCAGGAAGAAGAAGUGCUUGAAACUGCGGUCGAGACCGAGACUCAGGACGAAGAAUCGACCGUCUCAGUGAUCAAAAAUGACGAGCCUGCUUCCUUGGAAAUCCAGGAAACUGACACCAAAGAACCAGCAAACGUGGAUAGCAAGCCAAUUAGUCCGGAGGAAGAAACGGAAACUCCGAUUGCAGUUCCACACGUUGUUGAAGCGUCAGAGGAACAAAUUGUGGAGCAGAUCACAGUUCAAUCUGAGUCAAUUCCAGCUGAUGGAGUCAAAUCAGACGAACUGGAGCAGACUCCAGAAACGCAAACAGAUCAAACUCUCGAGCCAGAAAUUACUCUGCAAGAUUCCGAUUCAAAACCACUAACAAUCACAGAAACCAAAGACACUCCGUCUUUGGAUGACGACGCUGUCAAACAAGCAGAGCAAGCGUCCGAACCAGAACUGUCAGACAAGGCCGACACUGAGCUUGAAACCUUAUCGAAACCAGAACAAGUGCUAGAAAUCCAGGAAGAAGAAGUACUUGAAACUGCGGUCGAGACCGAGACUCAGGAGGAAGAAUCGACCGUCUCAGUGAUCAAAACUGACGAGCCUGCUUCCUUGGAAAUCCAGGAAACUGACACCAAAGAACCAGCAAACGUGGAUAGCAAGCCAAUUAGUCCGGAGGAAGAAACGGAAACUCCGAUUGCAGUUCCACACGUUGUUGAAGCGUCAGAGGAACAAAUUGUGGAGCAGAUCACAGUUCAAUCUGAGUCAAUUCCAGCUGAUGGAGUUAAAUCAGACGAACUGAAACCAAAGUCGUAA